UCUUCUAUUAUUAUUCGUAACGUUCUUGGUGCUAACACACUGAUCGGAGGUAAUAGAAAAAUGAAGCUACUUGACAAAAUACCGAAAAAACUAACCGUCAAAAAGUGGUUAAUGAUUUCCGUCGGACUUGUGAUAACUGGUUCAAUUUUCGCAUUCACAAAACCAGUUAUACUACAAGGAAUCAUAAGGUGGAUGUAUGUGGCAAAGCCUGGACACUACAUACGAUGGAAGCAUGAAUCGAAACAGAAAAUGACGUACAAGCUGUACAUAUGGAAUAUUACCAAUCCAGUUGAGUUUGAAGCCGGACAGCAAACACCCAAAUUAAAAGAGGUUGGACCGUAUGUGUUUAAUCAAUACAAGCGAAAAGUUAACUCUCAAGACAAUGAACUUGACGAUACCGUCAGUUUCAACUAUUGGAACAUUUACUUCUUCAAUCCCUCGAAAAGUUUACCAUUAACAGGCGAUGAGAUGAUCUACUCGUUAAAUACGGUGAUAGCGGCUGGAUUGGUGAAGGUCGUUCUAGAGGCUCCACAUUUAACAGAAACUGCUAUCGAAAGCAUCAAUGAUAUUUUUAAGAAUCCCACUACCAAGCUGCUAAAUAUGAAGGCGAUGGAUUUUAUAGAUAAGGGAAUUGAAAUCGAUUGUCGAAAUCAGACAUCAAUUGCCGCAAAAGUAGCAUGUAAAGCACUGCAAAAACAUAAGGGCCUGCGCAUGGUGAAUAACGACAAGGAGGUUCUCAGAUAUCGAUGGUUUGACCAUAUAAACGACACUGUACAAGGACGCUAUACUGUGCUGCGAGGAAGUAGAAAUAUUCAAGACGUAGGACGUGUUAUUGCUAUUAAUGGCGAAGCGUUAUUGAGUGUCUACAAACAGAACUAUAAGUGUAAUUUGAUCAAUGGAACGGAUAAAAUGUUUUUUCCGCCAUUUCAAGAAAAAAGCGACGUGUUGUGGAUACAUGCAGAAAAUGCGUGCAAAUCGUUUCCGCUGCGGUUUAAAAAGAUGAAAAGGAAACGAGGAAUCACCACUGCGUACAAAUUUAUAGAUCUGGCUGAUCCUUCGUUGAACCCAGCCUGCGAGUGCAAUAAGUAUAGCGGUUGUGUGGACAAAGGAACGAUGGAUUUGUCAGCUUGUGUAGAUUUUUACGUUUCGUUAAGUCAACCACAUUUUAGUACAGCAGAUGAAAAAUUAAGACAACAAGUGAACGGCAUGUACCCUGAUCCAAAACUCCAUGAAUCAGGAAUCUACUUUGAUUUGCUAUCUAGUGGUCCGAUUUUAGCGUACGAACGCUUCCAAAUUAAUUUCCUUGUAAAAAAGAUCCCCGAAUAUCCUAUGUUCAGUAAAUUACCGGGUGAUAUGUGGCUGCCACUUCUGUGGUAUGAAGAGUCAUUUUCAAUGCCGUUGAUGGAUUUGGGUCUUGUUGUUGGCAGCACCAUAUCCAAGCUAACUGGUGUUGUUACUGGCUAUAUCCUGUUGUUGAUGGGGCUAAUAGGAUGCAAUAUACUGUUGGUUACGCAUCUACAACAGCAUUUAAAGGUACUACCUGCUGUUACUUUAGUGAAGUCUGCUGACGACCCAGAGCAGACCCAAGGAUCCACAAGAUUUAGGAAGGCUGUAGAUGACGUGAUGAAUAAGUUUGUUAGAGGCAAAGGUUCGCAAAAAUCUUAGGACCGUAGAAAUAUAUUAACACUGUUUCAUUUGAUACACUGUAGAUGCGCUUAGCUCACAAGAAAAUAUGUAAGGCAAACCAGUCUUACUAUGUAAUAAAUUUUGCUAGAAC